AUGAUCGAUUACGAGAACAAGCAAACGAAACCCGUCUACGACAAUUCGACGUAUCCUAAUCUAACACUCGACGAAGCUGUUAAGUACAUACCGAAAAAUAUUGAACAUUUGGAUACUCUCCUACAGCAGGCUAAAAUUCGUUAUGGUAAUAAUUCAGAUGAGAUGGCUGCUGUACAGUUAUAUGUAAUGGAAUGGGGCAAUGAACCUUUGUGUAAAUUACUUAAUGAAGCACUUAAAUCUAACCAUCAAGACAAACUGAAACCUUGGCUUCCUUACUUCCAGCUAUUUCGAGCUGGUGUUGAACGGUUUCCUUUAUUUAAGAAAGAAUGUUGGUGCGGCACCGAUACAAAUAUAGGUAGCAACUUCAAUAAAGGUCAAAUCGUCACUUGGCAGGGAAUUACUUCAUGCUCGAGAUCUCAGGAUUUCAUCCUUAAACAUUGCGUUGGCACAAGUGGAACACUUGUCAAGGUCAAUGCUACCAAUGGCAAAGAUAUUUUCAACAACACACUUGAUCCCAACACGCGAGAAGUUAUUUUGAUGCCUGGAACUACCCUGGUUGUAAAGAGGGUGGCUUUGCAUCCAAAUAAUAGUAAGAUCACUCUCGUAGAGCUCGAAGAAAUAGUUGACAAAAAGUAUGAAGGAUUGACACAAACUGUCUCGAAACCACAGGCUUCAUCAUCCGCCAACGGUCCUAAUUCAUCUGUAUCGAAUUCAAAUCAACAUGCUGCUCAGACUUCUUCUUCAACGAAAUCUACCGAUACGUCUAACGAAACUAAACCUUCAUCGAAAUUAAAGUAUGACGAUAAUCAACAUCCAGCACAUCCAAGAUCCGGUUCAUAUGCAUCUUCAUCGAAACAUGAAACUAAUCCAAAUUUUCGGACGAAAUCAGCAGAUAACUAUGACAAAACUAAAUCUUCAUCGAAAUCAAAGCACGAUGAUUAUGAAAAUGCAGCACAUGCAAGUUCUGGUACGUUGAUAGCUCUACCCAAGUGUUGAUACAGUUAAAUUCUUUUUACUUGUCUGAGCGUCAAAGUAACUGCUUUGCCUAGAAGUCGUCAUCGAUUCAAAACGAAAACCAAAUAAGCGAGAAAGUAUCGUGCCAACAAAAGCAUGAUUGAUUACUUGUUAGAGUACCUUUUUAUAAAUCUCUAUUGAGACCGUGUGCAUUAGAUAAAUCCUAUAUUCAUUAUAACAAGAAUAUUAAGAUUCAAUAGCAUGUGAGUGUUCAAUCUUUCUAAGAGGUGGUUCAAAAGUUUGUAGGUAAAACGUUCGCUCUUUUGAAAAUAGACGAAAAGCCAUUCUCAAGAGUAAAAUAACUAUGGAUGAGAAUCUAAAUUGUCUACUAGUUUCGAAGUUGAGAUUGGGAAUGUGGCGCCAGAUUUUCCUCUGCAAUAUUGGAAAAAUUUUGAACGAUCCUAAGUAACGAAAUAAGAAGGAUCGGCUGUAAUCGACUUACGUCAUCUCGAAAAGAUUAGCUUAGAAAAGCUUUUUAUUUCAUCACUCCUAUUAAUUCAAAUUCUUUUGGAAUUAAUGAAAGCGAGAAAAGGAAUCAAAAAAUUGUCUGAUCCAACAUGUUUAAUGCCUUUCUAAAGAAGUAUUCAUCCUUCUAAAACUAAAUUUGAUAUUUUUAUGAAUCAAAAAAAUUUGAAGAAUUAUAUAGUCUAGGAGCGUUCCGUUCACUCACUAAUAGAAGAAGAGUUUUACUUGUUCGACUUCAUAAUAUUUAUAUUCAUCACCUUAUUACUUCGUAAAUGUCAAAACUAUUACAUUUCUGAUUACUUCUAGUCGCCUUUGAUAUCUCUAUAAAAUGUUGUCUGACUUAUUGCUGAUAGCUUCUAUGAGAUUGACUAUUACGUAUGUAGUACCUGAGCAUGGUAUUUUUUGUUCAGAAUUAAAUUAAAUAAUAUGAAAAACAAAAUUACCAUAGGUCACAUCUACACUGUGAUUAUUCGACUCACUGACGUCGACUGUGAGAAUCAGACAUUAAAACCUAUCGAAGGUUAUCAAAAUAAGCGGAAUUCAACACUGGAAGAAGCUCUCAAUCCGAUUAAAAAUGUUAUUCCUUGCUUGGAUAAUUAUAUACGACAUGUAAAAAAACGUGCCAACACGACUUCCUCAAAUAAACUUACUGUUGACGAAUCGGCAGCUAUAUAUUUGUACACUAUGCAGCUUAAUAACGAAAGUUUCAGUCGUAUGCUUAACCGAGUAUUGCGAUGUCA